GGAAAGCGCUCUCCGUGGAUGUCCCUUAAAGCUUACCUAUAAAAACCGAUACAUACACAAGCUAACAGUGAUUGUUUCUAUUUGUGUAUUUGAGCAAAGUGCACUGGAUCUGUGGUUACAGGAUAUUUACAAAAACUAUGAGAUCCUCUACGUUAACCUUGGUCUGGUUAACUGUUUUAGUGUCUCUAGUUCAAAUAGCUUCCGCCGAUGAUGUUAUCAUGCAAAAGAGGUAUUAUGAUGAAAAUAUGGCACCUGAACCAAUCAGAAGAAAAAAACCUUUUUGCAAUGCAUUCACAGGAUGUGGUCGUAAAAGAUCAGAUGAAUCGAUGGCUACGCUAGUGGAGCUUCGUUCAGAGCCAGCCGUUGAAGAAUUAAGUAGACAGAUUCUAUCUGAAGCAAAAUUGUGGGAAGCUAUUCAAGAAGCACGCCUUGAACUGUUACGCGAUCAAAGACAUAAAGAAAGAAAUUUAAAACCCCUUCCAUUGUCUUUGAAAAGAAAACGCCGAUCGCCAUUAUUUUGUGCAAACUGUUGAGAAGUAAAAGUUCAAUAAAUAUUAAUUUUAUUAUAUUUUAAAUAAAUUCUAGUAAAUUGUUUAAUGAAGCCGCCGUUAUUAAGUCAAAUAUUACAUAUAAAUUGUGGAAUUACUCAUAAUACCCUUUACAAAAAAUAUAUCUUUAUAAAGUUUAAUUUUAUGAUUUAAAAUCAAUAUAAUUUAUAUCUAUGUGUUAUUGUUUUUACACUGUGUAAUUUCCCAAUAUAAUAUUUCAAAUUGU